CGCUCAUCUUCGAAGAGGCCGGACAUGAGAAGCUCGUCGAAAGUCUAGUGCCAGAGUGUAGUGUCUUUUAAUGGAGCGUGCCGCCGACAUAUAGCCGACGUACAGCCGCUCUCCGUCGUGUUUCUCGUUACUCGCAACAGGCGGAGUGCCGACAACCACGACUUAAGAGAUGGUCAUCGUCACACGGGGCGAUUAUAUAUGGAUCGAACCAAUCUCAGGAAGGGAAUUUGACGUCGCGAUCGGGGCGCGAGUCAUCUCGGCGGAAGGCAGACGUAUUCAAGUAAAGGACGACGACAACAAGGAACAAUGGCUGACGCCGGAGAGACGAAUCAAGGCCAUGCAUGCCACUUCGGUGCAAGGUGUAGAAGAUAUGAUCAGUUUAGGAGACCUCCAUGAAGCGGGCAUUCUGCGAAAUCUAUUGAUACGCUACAACGAGAAUCUCAUUUACACGUAUACGGGCUCCAUCCUCGUCGCCGUCAACCCGUACCAGAUAUUGCCUAUUUAUACCGCGGAGCAAAUCAAGCUCUACAAGGAUCGUAAAAUCGGCGAGCUGCCGCCGCACAUAUUCGCCAUCGGCGAUAACAGUUACGCGCACAUGAACCGAUACGGCCAGGAUCAGUGCAUAGUGAUUAGCGGCGAGAGCGGAGCAGGAAAGACGGAAAGCACAAAAUUAAUUCUGCAAUAUCUAGCGGCAAUCAGCGGAAAGCAUUCGUGGAUCGAACAGCAGAUCUUAGAAGCGAAUCCGAUACUCGAGGCUUUCGGCAACGCAAAAACCGUGAGAAACGACAACUCCUCCCGUUUCGGCAAGUACAUCGAUAUUCAUUUCAACGAGCAGGGCGUGAUAGAAGGAGCGAAGAUAGAGCAGUAUCUCCUAGAAAAGUCGCGGAUCGUAUCUCAAAGCUUGGACGAGAGGAAUUAUCACAUUUUUUAUUGCAUGCUAGCUGGCCUUUCCAAGGACGAGAGGCAAAAGCUCGAGCUGGAAGAUGCGUCCACGUACAAAUAUCUCAUAGGGGGUGGCGGCAUCACUUGCGAGGGACGCGACGACGCGGCCGAGUUCGCCGACAUACGAUCGGCUAUGAAGGUUCUUCUAUUCUCCGACGUGGAAAUCUGGGAGGUGCUUAAAUUGCUCGCGGCCUUGUUACACAUGGGCAACAUAAAGUACAGGGCCACUGUUGUAGAUAAUUUAGACGCUACGGAGAUUCCAGAGCAAACUAAUGUACAAAGAGUGGCAUAUUUACUGGGAGUGCCGGUACAGUCUUUGAUAGACGCGCUCACUCGCAGAACUAUAUUCGCGCACGGUGAGACAGUAGUUUCCACGUUGUCGAGAGAUCAAUCGGUCGACAUCAGGGACGCAUUUGUGAAGGGCAUAUACGGUCGAUUAUUCAUCCAUAUUGUAAAGAAAAUUAACGAGGCCAUAUACAGGCCGAAGAAUAAUUCCCGGAGUGCUAUAGGAGUGUUGGAUAUCUUCGGCUUCGAGAACUUCAACCACAACAGCUUCGAGCAGUUUUGCAUCAAUUAUGCCAACGAGAAUCUCCAGCAGUUUUUCGUUCAGCAUAUAUUCAAGCUGGAGCAAGAGGAGUACAAUCACGAGGGCAUCAACUGGCAGCAUAUAGAGUUCGUCGAUAACCAGGACGCUUUAGAUCUGAUAGCCAUCAAGCAGCUCAACAUUAUGGCGCUGAUUGACGAAGAAUCGAAAUUUCCAAAGGGCACGGAUCAAACGAUGUUGGCGAAAAUCCACAAGACCCACGGCAGUCAUAGGAAUUAUUUGAAACCUAAAUCGGAUAUUAACACGUCCUUUGGCUUGAAUCACUUCGCGGGCGUCGUCUUUUACGACACGAGGAGUUUCCUGGAGAAAAACAGAGACACGUUCAGCGCGGACCUGCUGCAACUUAUUCAUAUAUCGUCGAACAAAUUUCUCCAAGCUUGCUUCGUCGAGGACAUCGGUAUGGGAUCGGAAACUAGGAAAAGAGCGCCCACGUUAUCGACACAAUUCAAGAAGUCGUUGGAUUCGCUCAUGAAGACUUUGUGCAGUUGUCAACCCUUCUUCAUACGAUGCAUCAAACCGAAUGAAUAUAAAAAACCGAUGAUGUUCGAUCGUGGUCUUUGCUGUCGGCAAUUGAGAUACUCCGGUAUGAUGGAAACCAUCAGGAUUCGCCGAGCUGGUUACCCUAUUCGCCAUUCCUUCCACGAGUUCGUGGAACGAUAUCGCUUUCUCAUCUCGGGCAUUCCGCCCGCACACAAGGUGGAAUGCUGCGCGGCGACUUCAAAGAUUUGCCACGCGGUGUUGGGUCGAUCGGAUUACCAGCUCGGACAUACCAAAGUCUUUCUCAAGGAUGCUCACGAUCUGUUCCUCGAGCAGGAGCGCGAUCGCGUGUUGACACGCAAGAUUCUGAUACUGCAGCGCAAUAUCCGCGGCUGGGUUUACAGGAGAAGGUUCCUGAGGAUGAGGGCGGCGGCGAUGAUCGUACAAAAGUACUGGCGCGGCUACGCGCAACGUCAGCGAUACAAGCGCAUGCGAAUCGGUUACAUGCGAUUGCAGGCGCUCAUCAGAUCGCGCGUGUUGUCGCAUAGAUUUAGACACCUGCGCGGUCACAUCGUCGCGCUUCAAGCGCGAGCCCGCGGCCACCUGGUGCGAAAGAUGUACCGGAAGAAACUGUGGGCCAUAGUGAAGAUACAGGCGCACGUGAGAAGACUGAUUGCGCAAAGACGAUAUAAGAAGAUCAAGUACGAGUAUCGACUGCACGUGGAAGCGCUGCGAUUGCGAAAGAAGGAAGAGCGCGAGCUGAAGGACCAAGGCAAUAAGCGAGCCAAGGAGAUUGCGGAACAAAACUACAGGGAACGCAUGCAAGAACUGGAGAGGAAGGAAAUUGAGAUGGAACUAGAAGACAGGCGACGAAUGGAAAUCAAGAAGAAUUUGAUUAACGACGCGGCCAAGAAGCAAGACGAGCCGGUCGACGACAGCAAAUUGGUCGAAGCCAUGUUCGACUUCUUGCCAGACUCUAGCAGCGAAGCUCCGACGCCGGCGAGGGAAACGUCUGUUUUUAACGAUCUUCCCGCACCGAAAGCCGAUCAACAUCAGGAGAUAAUUAGUCCGAUUCAAAUGGCCUCGGAGGAUGAGGAGGAUCUGUCUGAAUUCAAGUUCCAGAAAUUCGCGGCCACGUAUUUCCAGGGCAACAUCACGCACCAAUAUUCUAGAAAACCGCUCAAGCAUCCACUAUUGCCGUUGCACACGCAAGGCGACCAAUUGGCCGCUCAGGCUCUAUGGAUAACAAUACUUCGAUUUACGGGCGAUUUACCCGAGCCGCGAUUCCACACGAUGGACAGAGACACGACCUCGGUAAUGUCGAAAGUGACGGCGACACUCGGACGGAAUUUUAUAAGGAGCAAAGAAUUUCAGGAGGCUCAGAUGAUGGGCAUGGAUCCUGAAACAUUUCUCAAGCAAAAGCCUCGUUCGAUCAGACACAAGUUAGUAUCGCUAACGCUGAAGCGGAAAAACAAGUUGGGCGAGGACGUACGCAGAAGGCUACAAGAGGACGAGUACACCGCCGACAGCUAUCAAUCCUGGUUAGAGGCCAGACCUACGUCAAACCUCGAGAAGCUGCAUUUCAUCAUCGGCCACGGUAUAUUGCGUGCCGAAUUGCGGGACGAGAUAUACUGCCAAAUCUGCAAGCAGCUGACCAACAACCCGUCGAAAUCGUCGCAUGCUCGAGGCUGGAUCCUGCUGUCCCUCUGCGUCGGCUGUUUCGCACCGUCCGAGAAGUUUGUCAACUAUCUACGAGCCUUCAUUAGGGAGGGACCACCUGGCUACGCGCCCUACUGUGAGGACAGGCUGAAGAGAACCUUCAACAACGGCACUCGCAAUCAACCACCGAGUUGGCUUGAACUGCAGGCGACGAAAUCGAAGAAGCCAAUCAUGUUGCCGAUAACCUUUAUGGAUGGCAACACGAAGACCUUGCUGGCUGACUCGGCCACCACUGCUAGAGAACUGUGUAACCAGCUAUCCGAUAAGAUCUCGCUGAGGGACCAAUUCGGCUUCUCUCUGUAUAUCGCGCUGUUCGACAAGGUGUCGUCCUUGGGCAGCGGCGGCGAUCACGUGAUGGAUGCAAUCUCGCAAUGCGAGCAGUACGCGAAAGAGCAGGGUGCGCAGGAACGGAACGCGCCGUGGAGGUUGUUCUUCAGAAAGGAGAUUUUCGCGCCCUGGCACGAGCCGACCGAGGAUCAGGUGGCGACGAAUCUAAUCUAUCAGCAAGUGGUACGCGGCGUGAAAUUCGGCGAGUAUCGCUGUGACAAGGAGGAGGACCUGGCGAUGAUAGCGGCGCAGCAAUAUUAUAUAGAAUAUCACACCGACAUGAACGUCGACAGGCUGUAUACCCUUCUGCCGAAUUACAUACCGGAUUAUUGUCUGACGGGGAUCGACAAGGCGAUCGAUCGAUGGGGACACCUCGUCUUGCAGGCGUAUAAAAAAAGUUACUACUUGAAAGAGAAAGUACCAGCACUACGAGUUAAGGAAGAUAUAGUCGGUUAUGCAAAGUUCAAAUGGCCUCUGUUGUUCUCUCGUUUUUACGAAGCUUAUAGAAAUUCUGGCCCGAACCUACCGAAGAAUGACGUUAUCAUAGCCGUUAAUUGGACCGGGGUGUACGUUGUCGACGAUCAGGAGCAAGUACUCCUGGAGUUAUCCUUCCCCGAAAUUACCACCGUAUCUAGUCAAAAAACAAACAAGAUGUUUACGCAAACAUUUAGUUUAUCGACGGUACGGGGAGAAGAGUUCACGUUCCAAAGCCCGAACGCGGAGGACAUCCGUGAUCUGGUGGUAUACUUUUUGGAGGGGCUGAAGAAGCGCAGCAAGUUCGUCAUAGCCCUGCAAGAUUACAAGGCACCGGGCGAGGGCUCGUCGUUCCUGAAUUUUCAAAAGGGCGACCUCAUCGUCCUCGAAGACGAGAGCACCGGCGAGACUGUGCUCAACUCAGGAUGGUAUGUCGGCACCUGCGAGAGGACUGGUGAGAAGGGCGAUUUUCCGGCUGAGACGGUUUAUGUUUUACCUUCCUUAACGAAACCACCGAAUGAUAUAUUGGCUCUAUUCAGUAUGGAGGGUACGGAGAAUAGUCGCAGACUCUAUCCGCAGCAAAUGAACGGCGUGGACUCUCGCGAUAAACCCCACACUCUUCUGGAGUACGCAAUCGAUCACUUCCGAACACCGCCCAAGAGAACAAUGUCCAAGACACUGACCUUAACAUCGGCGCGACGUGGUCACGUGGACGAAUUGUGGCAUCACUCCAGAGAACCGAUAAAGCAGCCACUUUUGAAGAAGCUCGUGUCCAAGGAGGAGCUAGCCGAAGAAGCGUGUUUCGCCUUCAACGCCAUUCUGAAGUACAUGGGCGAUCUGCCGACGAAACGACCGCGCAUUGGCAACGAGUACACUGACUUAAUCUUCGACGGGCCGUUGAAGAACGAAAUUUUGCGGGACGAAAUUUAUUGUCAAAUUAUGAAGCAGCUUACCGAUAACCGGAACAGAUUGAGCGAGGAGCGAGGAUGGGAGCUAAUGUGGCUUGCCACUGGACUGUUUACUUGUAGUCAAAGCCUCUUAAAGGAAUUAACUCUGUUUCUGCGUACAAGACGGCAUCCCAUAUCCCAGGACUCUUUACAAAGGCUGCAGAAAACCUUGCGCAAUGGACAACGAAAGUAUCCGCCGCAUCAAGUAGAAGUGGAAGCUAUCCAGCACAAAACUACGCAAAUAUUUCACAAGGUCUACUUCCCAGACGACACGGACGAGGCAUUCGAGGUUGACUCGUCUACCAGAGCGAAAGACUUUUGCCAGAAUAUCGCGCAAAGGCUCAAUCUGCGAUCUGCCGAGGGUUUUAGUCUGUUUGUCAAGAUCGCUGAUAAAGUUAUUUCCGUCCCGGAAGGAGACUUCUUCUUCGACUUCGUACGACAUUUGACCGAUUGGAUCCGGAAAGCCAGACCAUCGCGAGACGGGGUGUCGCCGCAGUUUACAUAUCAAGUCUUCUUUAUGAAGAAGCUUUGGACAAAUACAGUUCCUGGUAAAGACAGAAACGCCGAUUUGAUUUUCCACUUCCAUCAGGAACUUCCCAAGUUACUGAGAGGCUACCACAAAUGUACAAAGGAGGAAGCGUCGAGAUUAGCGGCUUUGGUAUAUAGAGUACGAUUCGGCGAGAGCAAACAGGAGUUACAAGCGAUCCCGCAAAUGCUGAGGGAACUCGUGCCGGGUGAUUUGAUCAAGAUACAGAGUGCUAAUGACUGGAAACGAUCGAUAAUCGCUUCCUAUAAUCAAGACGCCGGCAUGAGUCCAGAAGACGCAAAAAUUACAUUCCUGAAAAUCGUAUAUCGAUGGCCGACGUUCGGCUCCGCGUUCUUCGAGGUGAAGCAGAGCACGGAGCCGAAUUAUCCCGAGUUGUUGCUUAUCGCCAUCAAUAAACACGGCGUGAGCCUCAUACAUCCUCAGACGAAGGACAUACUUAUCACUCAUCCCUUUACAAGAAUCUCCAAUUGGUCGUCUGGCAAUACCUACUUCCACAUGACGAUAGGGAACCUCGUGCGCGGCUCGAAGCUCUUGUGCGAAACCUCACUGGGUUACAAGAUGGACGAUCUCCUGACCUCGUACAUUUCGCUAAUGCUCACGAACAUGAACAAGCAACGUACGAUACGAAUCAAAUAGCGGCAAAAGUAACAAUUGAAUGGAAUAAUAUUCCGUGACAUGACUGAAUACGCAAGUGCGUCUUGCAACGACUUUAACGCCGACGAUUUACGCAUGUUCGGCAGAUUCUCUUUGCGAUAUCGUUUUCAUCAUUCGAUGGAUUUCUUUCCAACCGAAUUGGCGAGAAGAUGCAAUUUGAAUUUUUAUUUUACGUACUUGAUAUAUUUAUCAUUGUUCACGUUACGUCGUACGCGGCGUGGGAGUCGCGCGGAAGUAAGUUCAGAAUUAUCAAUGACUACAAUUUAUCUUAUAAAAUAUAGAUAUAGUACAUACGGUUGCAUAUCUACCUGUUAAUUUAUAAUUCAUAAUAAUCUGUGCAAGAGGAAUAACAAUUUAUAUGUACACAAGUUGUUGUAGCUGAUAGAUUUGUACAUGAUCUACUUACGGUUAGGAAUUUUUCAUCGCUUUGUAUAAAAUAUCAAUUCCCCCUUUAUCGUAUCUUAAAUAUACCAUCGUGGUAGGUCCUGUAAUUCAAAAUUCAUUAUUAUUAUCUCCAAGCAAUUGUACGCGCUCUAGAUGCAUAUUAAAUGUAACACGGGCAUAACAGCGGCUGAUACACAGCUCGUAUUUGAGAGGGACUCGCGUUUGCGGCAAUCGCGCGAAUCCACAGCCGAGCGGUUAGAACAUUAUCCGUCCAACGAGUCGUUUAUUAUUACGUGGCGUGAGUCAAAUCUUGGGAGGCCGCGGAGCACAAAGUCAAGUGUGUCCGUAGGAACAGAAACAAAAAGUUUCCAAAUUUGCCCCGCUACCUCUCGCAGAGUGUAAUUUCGCAAUAAACGUCUCGCGUAAGAAUGUAAGUACUAUUAAUUCGCAUUUAUAAUUGUGAAUAAAGACGACCAUGUUUUCCACGCGCAAA